AGACGAUGUCACCACUUGAGUUCAAAGCAGUUUAGGUUAUUUUCUUGUAGUUCACUGCAUUAAGAUAAGGAUAAAGGAUCAGGAUGAGGAUUUUCUGCAAAAGUGUAUUCUUUAUGUUUGAAAAAAACACUAUUUAGAGAAGAACAUAAAAAUAAAAAGAUAUGACUUUAGAAAAUCCUCCCCAGCUUGGAGCUUUGGAGAUGGGCCUAAGAGAUCUGCGAUGCUCUCAGUUAAUGGAAGUGCCAGAGUUCCAGAACAUGUAUGAUGCUAUAAAACAUCACCACAAGGAGCAGAAACUGUCACGUUUGACGGGAAAUGUCCGUAAUAAAAUAAAUCAAGGGCAAUCAGACACAAAGUUUUAUCUCAUCCUUGCGAAGAUGCUAUAUGAAGUUUCACAAAGUCCUGGAAACAGCCAAGAAAACAACCUCAAUAUGGUUUACAACUGGUACAAAGUGAACAAAAGCCAAAUCAAAUCUGGUCCUAAAUUUGGGAAAGGAGCUGAAAAGUUAAAUUCAAACUCCAGCAGAAGGUCAAAAACUAAAGCAACGCCAAUUCGUCUGUCAUAUGCUCAUCAAGCCCCAGCACAUGAUGGCUCUCAUUGCAGUGGGAGUAGUGAGAUUGAUGUGAACUGGACCCUGUCUCGCUCUCCAUCCCCAGACUGGGACCUUGCCUCUUACUCUCACACCAGCGAUGAGGAGAACUUUGAGCUGAACCAUGAUAUUGUGGAUCAGUACACCACUCGCUCAGGCAGCACAUUUGAGUCCCAUACUCUUAGCUCUGUCCCUACAGUUCGCCCACCACACAACACAAUUUCCUCUGCUGGACGUUUGAAAGGAGGCAAUCCACGCAAGAAGAAGUCUGCUUCAUCUGUCUUCUCAAGCAACAUCAAACACCCUAUUUCAAGUUUAGUAAAUCCCCACGCUGCUGUGUCCAUUGCCUCGGCCUCAGGUUCUGAAGACCCUGUGUCAUCUACAGCUCACUCGCGUAAAAGUGAGAGCUCUGGAGUUCCUUUAAGACCCAUCACUGUGGCGGACAUGCGCUCAGCCAGAAUGGAUACAUUUAAAGAAUUCCAGCAUGAACUUCUUCAGGGACAAGACACCAUAGGAAACAUGACUUUACUAGGCCGCAGUGGUACACCUUAUGAUUUGCGCUAUGUAGCACAUGAUCAUGGAGAGAGGCCUGAGUUAGAAACUGAGCAAGUUAUCUCUGCAGUUAAUGGGAUGGCUGACAAGCAAAAGCCGUUACUUAAAGGAGACCAAACUGAGUCGCAGGCUGUAAUUAAUCAAUCCCUGACUGAUUUCUGUCAGACAACCGACAACUACUACCCUUAUAAACAGCGCAAGUAUUCUGCUGUACCCAAAUCUGCUCCCUCCAGAGACCAGACUCCAUUGGGUACCCCAGCAGGGGUGAAGCUAGAGUCUCCAAUGAAUAUGACCACUGGGGAAUCAACAUCUCAGCCUUCUGUUAAAUUGGACGUGAUCAUGAAUGUAAUUGAUGAUGUUACAACCAAAAUGACUCGCUUCAGGGAGAAGCUAGGGCCUGUUCCUCAGCCAGGUUUUCGUCCCCCUGCUCGGCCCACACCACCCCUUCCAAAGGCUCCAGCCAGGACCUGCACUAUACAUAUACCCACCCAGGAUGCUCCUUUUGCUGCAUCAAGGACCCGGCCAGCUACAUUUCACACCAGGCCCCAAACGGCACAGCCAAGGUCCUCAUCCCUAUCAUUGUCAACAAACUACAGACCAUCAUCAUGCGUUCGGAGAUCACCAGAAAAGUCUCCACCUGGCCGGCACCCCUCACCUGAGAGACCAAGGACAGCUCACUAUGGGAUAGAGCAAGAGAAACGCAGACAACUUCCUGUUCCUCCUGGGAUGACACAGAAGAAUACAGUGUUACCUCCGUCUGCUCAGAAUAUUGCACAGGCUUUAGACUGGAGAGGAAAAGUCUCCCCUGAUGUCAUCAGUAAUAAAUGGGUAAGGUCUGGCAUGGGAGGUCACACCUAUGUCAAGUCUCUGAAAAACAAGAAACGCUCAGAGAGUGCCUCUAAGCGCCCGAAGACUGCCCCUGCACAGGUGAGUCUUUUGAAAGAAAAGAGCCAGCCCCCAGUGCUCUGUGCCAGUAACCAGGUGGUACACGUAAGUCCUGGGAGUCAUCCAGUCAUUCGGGGCAGCAUUCAGCACUCGCAGGGAAACCCACUGGCCAGUCAAUCUAUUCCACACUCUAAUCGGCCACAGCAGCUCGACCAGGAGGAUGUUGAUCAGAUGAUGGUGAUUCGCUACUUAGGAGGUACCAGUGAGGAAAAUCCUCCGGGAUGGUUUGAAUAUAACUCUGAGCUCUUAUCCAGGCUGAGUCAGGGUGAGGCCCGUGUUUCAUCUGUCCCCAAGCUGCAGUUCUUGUCCCUCAUCACACCCAGGUCAGCUUUGGGACUUGGCACCAGAACACACCGUGAACGCACAGAAUUGACAGAUGAAAAUGACAGUCUAUUGGGUCAGGUAGAGGGGCCAGGUGAAUGUGACGGUGAACUGAGUACUGGGGACAGUAACCAGCCCUGCGAGAGUGAAAAUGAAGAUGGAGGACAAGAGACAUUGAGACAUGAGGAGCUAAAGGAAGACUUUGAUUCAGUAGAGGCAGAACAUGACUCAUGUGAUGAUGGACAAUCUAGUGUAGGUGAUUCAGAGCCCGAAGUAGGAGACUGCCGUAGAGAGGAAUCGGGCAGAGGUUCACCAGCCACCAUUAACCCGAUUAACCAAACCCAAACGGGUGAUGUACUGUUAGAGUCGAACACUCAGCACCUCUCUGAACACCUGACAUAUCCCGUGGCAGAUUUUCAAGCUCCGCCCACUCAGUGCAAGAGUAAGCGGGCAUUCUUGAGGCAACUUGAACUCAAUUCACAGGUUGUCUCGCUCCCUUUGAAGAAUUCAAGGCAAGACCAGAGCACUAGGCCUGCCACAGAAGACAAGAAGAUUCGCAAGAGGCACAUGACUGGACGAGCAUCCCUUUCUGUCAGGCCGGCAGAUGGGGACAGUCGUCGCAGCGGAGGGCGAUCGCUCGUGUCCUUAUCCUCCAGCACAGGUGUACAGGGGCUGACACUGACAGGGAAGAGGUCAGAAGACUUGACCAUGCCUUCAAGGACAGCGCCAUCUAUCCCCAGUUCUCACAGCCUUCAUCAGCAGUUUGGUGUGCGGCCUGUACAUGGUGCUCAGGCCUACAUGUCUGAGUUGGAACACCAUGCUCACAAAAUGUCCACUCCUCUUAAGUUUGUUGAAAAAGUUAGCCAGCUGCGCUUUGGGGCUGAUGAAGAUAACAGUACACAAGGCACGGAGCCAGCUGAGGACCUGUGCAGUGGAAUGCUGACUGUGUGUCGCCUUCCUCUCCCAGCUAGACCUGUCAAACCAGACUCUGAUGCCUCGUCAGAACUGCAAUAUGAUACCUGUGGGAAUGCUAGAGAGCCAUCAGAAGAAGAAAGCGAAAUGAGUGUGAAGCAUAUUCCUAAAAGCAGGCAUUUGAGGCGGGAAAAGGUCCUGGGCACAACGAUGUUACAGUCUAAGUUAGCUGAGCUGAGCCACCCUGAUUAUCACACCCCUGUACCUGGCAGACCUAUCCCGACUGUACUGGAGGUUUACAAACCUGAUGAAGUGGCAGCUAGAGUCAAGAGACAGAAGGAGGUUAAGGCUGCUGUUGAUAUACAGAGAAUUUUCCGAGGAUACAUUGCACGGAACUUUUAUGAUGGACUGAAGAAAGAGGAGAGGGAGAGGAGAGAGAAUGAGCGAGCAUCUGCCAUUGCCAUACAAAAAGCUUUGAGGAGGCAUCUUCACAAGGUGAAGGCUAUUUACAACAGACCAACGAUCGAUCCUGAACUGCAGAUAUGGGCUAAGGGUUACAACACCAUAAAAAAGAUUACCGAGGUAGAGAGACAAGCAAAACGUCAGCAGCAGGAAAAAGAAAUAGCCCAGAAGCAGCAUGAAACCUCAGCAAAGCUGUCUGUGAUUGGGCCCCAUGUUAACAUCUAUGACAUCUAUCACCCAAAGAAAGUAGGCCCCAGCAAGGCUCUCAUCAACCAAGCAGCUCUUGUCAUACAGAAAUACGCAAGAGGAAUGCUUGUUCGCAACAAGCUGGCAUCACUGAAACGAAAGGCCCUGUACCAUGGUUCUGACUGGAAGCGUUAUGUACAGGAGUACAAAAAACUCUUGAGGCGAGUCCAGGAGAGACAUGGGGUCCUCAGGCCGGUCAUGCCAUUCACCUAUUCUCAGCUUGACGAAUACAUGGAUAUUAGAAGGAGGUAUGAGAUGAUGUUUGAGAGGAAGGCAUUUGGAGGCGAAAUAGAGGUGUGUGACUUGCCAAAGUUCUUCAAGGAGUGUGACCUUUACCCAUCACAGUUAGAAAUGGAUGACGCUGUUGAUGUUGUUAUCAGAGGCCAGGAUAAGGGCUCUCGUGGCCUGUACAAGAAGGAAGUGAUGGAGGUGCUGUACCACAUCUACCCUCCUGCUGCGACCAAUCUCAGCCAGUACAGGAAGUCCACCUGGAUGAACCCUAUAAUAGAUGGGGAGGAGGCCAAAAAAUUACUAGGGAGUCCAUGUGUUGAAGACACACCUCUGUCUGUGUGUGUGAAACUUGUUGUCGACUCGAGACGGGAAAGGCGCCAAAGAGAGGAGGCAGAGAGACAGCGACAGCGUGAGCAGGAGGUCACCAUCGCUGCUGCAGAACCAUAUGUUGAGUCAGCAGCUGAACCCCAGGAUACCCCAGACAUAACACAUCAGAGCCCUGUUCCUCAGGAAGACCAGAAAGGCAAGAAGGUGGUUUUUGUCGUGCCAGACGAAGAGACUUUAAAUGGUGACAGCUGAAGUUGAUGUCAGUGAUACAGCUCUUGUGAUUUGUAAAGCUCAUGACCUUGGCAGUGGUACAGCUUACAGGAUUGACAAUGGUACAGCUUAUAGGAGUGGCAGCAGUACAGCUUAUAGGAGUG